GGGGCCGGGGAGCGGCCGGGGGCGGCAGCCUUUUCCUCGCGGGCCGGGCCGGCGGCUGUAGCGGGCAGGGCCGCGUGGGGGGCGCCGCAGGAAAAGCAGAUGAUGUUCUGAACGGGGACCAUGACAAGGGACAGAAAGACCCUUAUUUUGUGGAAACCCCCUAUGGUUAUCAGCUAGACUUGGAUUUCCUCAAAUAUGUGGACGACAUCCAGAAGGGAAACACUAUCAAGAAACUGAACAUCCAGAAGAGGCGGAAGCCCUCUGUGCCAUGCCCAGAAACCAGAGUCACCGCGGGUCAGCAAGGUGUGUGGACCUCCACUGAGUCCCUGUCCUCCUCCAACAGUGAUGACAACAAACAGUGCCCAGGCUUCCUCCUAGCCAGAGGCCAAGCUACAUCGACUCCAGUCCCACGGCCCCCUGCCCCUCUGGAGACCUCGCCUACUUUUCUUCCCAUCCCCGAAAAUCGACAGCUGCCCCCUCCGUCCCCACAGUUCCCAAAGCACAACCUUCAUGUCACCAAGACCCUGAUGGAGACCCGGAGAAGACUUGAACAGGAGAGAGUCACCAUGCAGAUGAUGCCGGGGGAAUUCAGAAGGCCCAGGCUGGCCAGUUUUGGAGGCAUGGGCUCCACGAGCUCUCUUCCCUCCUUUAUGGGUUCUGGAAACUAUAGCGCUGCCAUCCAGCUUCAGAAUGGAUACCAGGGCAAUGGGGAUUAUGGCGGCUAUGCCCCAGCGGCUGCCACUACUUCCUCCAUGGGGAGCUCCAUCCGCCACAGCCCUCUGAGCUCAGGGAUCUCCACCCCAGUGACCAAUGUGAGCCCCAUGCACCUGCAGCACAUCCGCGAACAGAUGGCCAUUGCCCUGAAACGUCUGAAGGAGCUCGAGGAGCAGGUGAGAACCAUCCCUGUGCUCCAAGUGAAGAUCUCUGUCCUGCAAGAGGAGAAGCGGCAGCUGGCCUCACAGCUAAAGACGCAGAGGGCUGCAUCGCAGAGUGACACCUGUGGUGUGAGGAAGCGCUCCUACAGCGCAGGGAACGCCUCCCAGCUGGCACAGCUCUCCCGGGCACGGCAGCGGAGUGGUGGGGAGCUGUACAUUGACUACGAGGAGGAAGAGAUGGAGAGCGUGGAGCAGAGCACACAGAGGAUAAGGGAGUUCCGGCAGCUCACCGCAGACAUGCAGGCCCUGGAGCAGAAGAUCCAGGACAGCAGCUGUGAGGCCUCCUUGGUGCUCAGGGAGAACGGACAGUGCCCACCUCAGGAGUGCCGGUCUGUGGCAGUAGGUGGCAAUGAGAACAUGAAUGACAUUGUUGUGUACCAACAGAGUUCCAGAGCCUACAAGGACGCAGCUGUAGGGACAGUCACUGAGGUGAGGGAUUCCAGCAUUGGCGUGACCGAGGCCAUGCUUGGAGUGACAACAGAAGCUGACAAAGAAAUCGAGCUGCAGCAGCAGACCAUAGAAGCCUUGAAGGAAAAAGUCUACCGCCUUGAAGUACAGCUUAAAGAAACCACCCACGACCGGGAGAUGACUAAAUUGAAGCAGGAGCUGCAAGCCGCUGGAUCGAGGAAGAAAGUUGACAAAGCCGUGACGGCCCAGCCACUUGCCUUCAGCAAGUUGGUGGAAGCAGUGGUAUCGACAAGAGAUCAGGUGGUUGGCAGCCACGUGGACCUGGUGGACACUUGUGUUGGGACCUCUGUACAGACGAGUAGCGUAGGCAUCUCCUGCCGUUCUGAGUGCAAGAAUCGAGCUGCAGGGCCCGAGCUGCCCAUGAAUAGGUGGAUUGUUAAGGAGAGGGUGGAGACGCAUGACCGAUGUACAGGGAGGUCUGUGGCGACCUGUGACAAGUGUGUGGGUGUGGAAGUCAGUGUCUGUGAAACAGGCAGCAACACAGAGGCAUCUGUGAGCGACCUGACACUCCUCAAGACAAAUUUGAAUUUAAAAGACGUGCGUUCCAUUGGCUGUGGAGACUGUUCUGUCGAUGUGACUGUCUGCUCUCCCAAAGAGUAUGCCUCCCGCGGCGUGAACACAGAGGUCGUUGGCCAGGUAGAAGCGGCCAUCAUGGCAGCACCUCUUACCACAAACCAGCACACCAACACGGUUUUGGAACAGGCGAGCCAGUCCACUAACACUGAGACAGCCACACUGGUGGAUUCCUGCACCAGCACUUCCUUAAGCACUUCGGACAAGCAGACCAGCACACAGACAGUGGAGGUGCGGACGGUGGCUAUAGGAGAAGGCCGUGUCAAGGAUGUCAACUCCUCCACCAAGAUGCGGUCUGUUGGUGUUGGGACCCUGCUUUCUGGCAGUUCUGGGUUUGACAAGCCAUCUGCCGUGAAGACCAAAGAGUUGGGCGUGGGGCAGAUAAAUGUUCAUGACAACUAUCUGGUUGGUCUCAAAAUGAGGACCAUAGCUUGUGGGCCCCCACAGUUGACUGUGGGGCUGACAGGUAGCAGGAGGAGCGUGGGUGUUGGGGACGAGCCUGUAGGGGAGCUCCUGGAGGACCCCCAGCCCCAGGCUCCAUCUGGAAUGGUGACCAGCUUGGACCACUACAUUGAACGUGUCCAGAAGCUGCUGGCAGAGCAGCAAAUGCUGUUGGCUGAGAACUACAGUGAACUGGCAGAAGCUUUUGGGGAGCCUCACUCACAGAUUGGCUCUCUCAACUCACAGCUCAUUAGCACCCUGACCUCCAUCAAUUCUGUCAUGAAGUCUGCAAGCACCGAGGAGCUCAAGAACUUCCAGAAAACCAAUCUGGGUAAAAUUGCAGGAAAUAAUUUGGAAUGUACCUGUAAGUGUGGAGGCCUUCAGUCAGGAGGGUUGCCAAGCACUCAGACGUCUCGGCCAGAGCGUGAGGUGGGCACUGCAGAAGAGACGCCUGCGAGCAGCCGGGAGACCUUCCCCUCGCAGGAGAGUACCCUGCCCUCAGUAAAUCUGACGGAUGACCAGAUCGCUUCCGGCCUCUACGUUUGUGCAAACAAUGAAAAUACGCUAAAGUCCAUCAUGAAGAAGAGAGAUGGCAAUAAAGAUUCAAAUGGUGCAAAAAAGAACCUUCAGUUUGUUGGCAUUAAUGGAGGGUAUGAAACAACUUCCAGUGAUGAUUCCAGCUCAGAUGAAAGCUCUUCUUCCGAGUCAGAUGACGAGUGUGAUGUCAUUGAGUAUCCUCCUGCAGAAGAGGAGGAGGAAGAGGAGGAUGAAGACACUCGGGGAAUGGCGGAAGGGCAUCAUGCAGUUAAUAUGGAAGGUUUCAAGGCUGCCAGGGUGGACCAUGAAAUGCAGGUUCAAGAAUGUGAACCUGAGAAGGUGGAAAUCAGAGAGAGGUAUGAAUUAAGUGAAAAGAUGUUGUCUGCAUGCAACCUACUGAAAAGUAAUAUUAAUGAUCCCAAAGCUUUGACCAGCAAAGAUAUGAGGUUCUGUCUGAACACCCUCCAGCAUGAGUGGUUCCGCGUGUCCAGUCAGAAGUCCGCCGUGCCCGCCAUGGUGGGGGACUACAUAGCUGCGUUUGAGGCCGUCUCCCCGGAUGUGCUCCACUAUGUCAUCAACAUGGCCGAUGGCAAUGGGAACACGGCCCUCCACUACAGCGUGUCCCACUCCAACUUUGAGAUCGUCAAGCUGCUCCUGGACGCAGAUGUGUGCAACGUGGAUCACCAGAACAAGGCCGGGUACACCCCCAUCAUGCUGGCAGCCCUCGCGGCCGUGGAGGCAGAGAAGGACAUGAGGGUCGUAGAAGAACUUUUUGGCUGCGGGGAUGUGAACGCCAAGGCCAGUCAGGCGGGGCAGACGGCCCUCAUGCUAGCCGUCAGCCAUGGCCGGAUAGACAUGGUGAAGGGCCUGCUGGCCUGCGGGGCCGAUGUCAACAUCCAGGAUGACGAGGGCUCCACUGCCCUGAUGUGUGCCAGUGAGCAUGGGCACGUGGAGAUCGUCAAGCUGCUGCUGGCCCAGCCAGGCUGUAACGGCCACCUGGAGGACAACGACGGCAGCACUGCACUCUCCAUAGCCCUGGAAGCAGGGCACAAGGACAUCGCUGUUCUCCUGUACGCCCACGUCAACUUCGCCAAAGCCCAGUCCCCGGGCACCCCUAGGCUUGGAAGGAAGCUGUCUCCUGGCCCCACUCACCGAGGUUCAUUUGAUUAACAUGUGCAAAAUAGCCCUUCUUUGACAUGCCACCAGUACGCUGCUAACUGUUCCCGUCGGGCUGACAGAUACUGAAUGUAAACAGACUGUGCCUGAGCUCACCAGCAGACAGAAGCAUCCAGGCAUGGGCGAAGGGAGGAGGCUUCUGCAGAAGCAGUGCCAGCAAGAGAUGCCACCCUGGGUGCGCAGCCUCCCCCCUGGCCCCUUCUCUCUGUGCUGGGCAUGUUGGAAGCCUGGCUCUGUGGCUGGGAAUCUCUGUUCCCUUAUGUGCAGUGACAGCAAAGGUAACCUGAGCUGAACAGGCAACUUCUCUCCCUUCUCCCCUUCCUGCUACAACAGAUGAUUUUGUUAAUUUGUGUCUUUUUAAAGUGAGGAAGCUAAGAUGACUUGAUCAUCAGCAACUCAGGCAGCAGGCUCACGGCUUCUGGUUAAAAAUAGAUGGAACUCUCACACAGUAUAAAACUUAAAGGAAAUAUUUCCAGUUGGUUUUAUCUAGGUGGAUGUAUUAUAUGACUUUUUAUAUAAAAGGCAUCUAUAUGAAAUUGACACAGUAUUUUAAACUUUUAUAUUCCACAGUAAUUAAAGUCACAAAGAACUACAUGUAACAUUACCACAUUUUUAACCAUUGCAUAGACCUGUGUGUAUCUAUUGAUAAAGGUUGAAUUGUCUUCAAGGAAUUGGCUCUGUAUUUGCCUCCAGUAAAACUUAGUGUAUUUCCCUAUGUAUUUAUGAAUUCCUGUAUACCAUGCCACAUUUACCUUGGUCUUGUAUGUAUUUAAAUGUUUGAAGUGCCUUAGACUCUUGCCAUUAUUUUCCAAAUAAAAUUUUGUUAAGCUCUU